AAAAAGAACGGCUGAUCAGUAAGGUCAUUUGAGUCAAAAAGAUCUUCUUUUUUCAUUUUAUUUUGGUGUUCCGCCUUCAACCAAAAGGAUAAAUUGGCACACUUGUUUCUUUUUUUCUUUUCUUUUCCAUUUCUUUCUGUUAAUCUAUAAACUAUGUCUGAGACUACCGCACCCACUCCUGUCAUCACUGAAGCCGCCUCUGUCCUUCCACCUCCUACUGAACCAGUCACUGUUGUUCCUGAAGAAUCCAAGGUUGAAACCAAGGAAGAACCCAAGACUGAAUCAUUUAAGGCUGAAGAACCCAAGACGGAAGAACCUAAGAUUGAGGAGCCCAAAACUGAAGCUCAUGCUGCCAAUCCUACUCCCUCCAAAUCUUCAAACACCUCUAAACGUCUCUCUGUCUUCCUUGGUAAGGCAAAGAACUUUGUUGAUAAGCUGAAGCAGAAACACCUACUGCUGAACCUGUUCAUGCUGCCGCUCUUACUGAAGAACCUGUUUCCAAUGUCGAUAGCACCACAUCGACUGAAGAACCUGCUCAUACUAAAGAAACAACGUCUGAGAAACCCAAGAACGAAAAGCGUAAAUCUAUCUUGGGCAACAUCUUCCGCAGCAAGAGUCCUGUAAAGGAAGUCGAGAAAUCAGAAGAACCUGUUGCUAAAACUGAAGAAUCUGUAAAGACUGAGACAACUGCUACUAAUAAGGAAGAAACUGCUGCAGCAACUGCUGCAGCUGCGGAAGCAACUUCGGGUGGUAUUGUAGAAGAAGCUCACGAAUCGAUUCCUACUGAAACCACUAAGGAUAUUGUACACAAAGAGCACAAAGAAAACGUCAUUGAUACUAUCAAGAAAGGUCCUCUUGGUAAAUUCU